GCGGCGGCGCUUCCGGCUUCCGGCGUCGAGGGCGGGCGGGAGGGAGGGGCCGGCUGUCGUGGGAGAGUGCUGUGCGUCGCGGCGGGGCGUGCGCGGUGACUGUGGGAAAGUCGCAGCUCGGGCAGCACCAUGAGUCUGCAGUGGACUGCCGUGGCCACCUUCCUGUACGCCGAAGUCUUCCUCGUGCUGCUGCUCUGCAUCCCCUUCAUUUCUCCCAAGAGAUGGCAGAAGAUUUUCAAGUCCCGCCUGGUGGAGCUGGUGGUGACUUACGGCAAUACCUUCUUUCUGGUUCUCAUCGUCAUCCUUGUGCUGCUGCUCCUUGACGCUUUCCGUGAGACACGGAAGUACGACGACGUGACAGAGAAGGUGAAUCUCCAGAACAACCCUGGGGCCGUGGAGCACUUCCACAUGAAGCUCUUCCGCGCGCAGAGGAACCUCUACAUCGCUGGCUUCUCCUUGCUGCUGUCCUUCUUGCUUAGACGCCUGGUGACUCUCAUCUCCCAGCAGGCCACCCUGCUGGCCUCCAACGAAGCCUUUAAAAAGCAGGCGGAGAGCGCUAGCGAGGCGGCCAAGAAGUACAUGGAGGAGAACGACCAGCUAAAGAAGGAAGCAGCCGCUGGUGGCGUGAAGCUGGGGGGCGGAGACAUCCAGGGCAAGGUAGAGGAAGAGAACAGGAGUCUGAAGGCCGACGUGAAGAAGCUCAAGGAGGAACUGGCGGUCAGCAGGCAGAAGCUGGAGAAGGCGGAGAACGCGGCACUGGCCAUGCGCAAGCAGUCCGAGGGCCUGACCAAGGAGUACGACCGCCUCCUGGAGGAGCACGCCAAGUUGCAGGCAGCCGUGGACGGCCCCUCGGACAAGAAGGAGGAGUGAGGGUCCGCUCCCUGCCCGCCGCCGGCGGUGGCCACCCAGCCUGCCCCCCAUGGAACCUGGCUUGGUCCCUGCUGCCACCCACCUCCUUGUACCGCUUGCACUUCCACAGUCCCGGCCGCCCCCAGUGUGAGGGGGGCACCCACGGCCGGUGUGCCAGGAACAACCCCCUUUUCCAUUGCACGUUUGCAUUUAGGGUUCCAGGCUCAUUUGCUCUGGUCACGCGGUAGGGUGGGGUGGAGGAGGCAGGCUAGUGUUUCUCUCGGAGACAAUAAAAACUAACGUUUCUGUGG